AUGUUGCAACAAUCUGUUUCUCCAGUCAUAGUGAAAGAGAAGCAAGAAAGACAAAUCUGGUCCCCUCCACCUUUAAACCAUUUCAAGCUCAAUAUGGAUGCUGCAUUUAAUCUUGAUACUUCUGAAUUUGCUAUGGGGCUAAUAAUUCGUGAUUGCACAGGACAAAGCUUCGCCGUUAAGGGAAGAUAUUUCCAUGGAGGAAUAGAUUGUGAACAAGCAGAAUGUUUAGCCAUGAAAGAAGCAAUCUUGUGGGCUAAUGAAUGCAAUCUCAACAAUGUUAUUUUGGAAAGUGAUAACUUGAAUGUGAUCAACUCUAUCAAGCAAACAACCUCAUCAGUGCAUUGGAUGAAUCAAGGAAUCAUAGAUGAUAUCAAGUUCUUCCUGUCAAGUUCCCCUAAUUUUGUUGUAAAUCAUGUAAAAAUAUCGGCUAAUAGUGUAGCUCAUAGUAUAGCUAAGAAAGCUAGUAGUGACAGAACUUAUUUUGACUACACAUGUAAUAUCCCAGAAGAUAUCAGCAAACUUGUCUGGGCAGAGCAACAUUCUGUCACUAUAAGUUAUGUAAAUUAA